AUGCCACACACGAACAUCAACCUGGAUCUGUUUCUGGAGCUGGUUAACUUCUGCGUAGGAUCCAGCUAUUUCGUAUACGAUGGGAAGUACUACGAACAGGUGUUUGGAACGGCCAUGGGCAACCCACUAUCACCCAUAGUUGUUGAUCUGAUAAUGGAAAGCCUAUUAGACACUACUAUGCGCAAGUUGAACUUCAAACCACCGUUCAUUCGCAAAUAUGUGGAUGACCUGAUAACAGCGAUACCACUUGAAAAACUACAGCAUAUUCUGGACGUAUUUAACAGCUAUGACGUUCACAUCCAGUUCACACACGAGUUGGAAGUGAACAACAAAUUACCGUUUUUGGACAUGUUACUCGUCAGACAGGACAACCAGCGGAUAAAAACAGAAUGGUACAUGAAACCCAUCGCCAGUGGACGUUUUCUUGAUUUCCUUUCGUACCAUCCCAUGAGCAUGAAACUGAAUGUUGCCAAAAACUUCAUCAGCCGAGUCUACCGACUAUCCACCAACCAAUCAGACGAAGAAAAAGCAAACAUCAUCGACAACCAGCUCAGACUCAAUCACUAUCCUGCUCAUCUACGACACCGUCUGAUAAAUCGCAUGACCGAACAUCGCCAAUCGCCUAGCAUAACAUCAGCCGACGAGGAUCAACAACAGCAAACACCUCCAGUCCGGCAAGACACAGCACCAUCCGAACAAUCUACAGGAUCCAACCAACAGCACCUGGAACAUACUUACCGGUCAAUGCAAGACUAA